CCCCGGGCCGCCUCCCGCUCUCCCGCGGCUCGCGUGGCCGCGCCUUUGUGUGCGGCGGCCGCGGCUCCCGGGCUCCUCUGGCUCCUGGUCGCGGCGCCCCUCCGGCCCAAGUCCCGCGCGCCGCCCCCCGGACAACCCCGGCCGGGCGCCCCCGACGGUGGAUCUAGUGGCUUCGAGGAGGCGGGCACCGGUCCCGGCGAGCCCCAGUCCCGGCCCCCGGCCCCGGGCCCGGCUCCGGCAUGGAUGUGAGAUUCUACCCCGCGGCGGCCGGGGACCCCGCCGGCCUGGACUUCGCGCAGUGCCUGGGGUACUACGGCUACAGCAAGUUUGGAAAUAACAAUAACUACAUGAAUAUGGCUGAAGCAAACAACGCUUUCUUUGCAGCCAGCGAGCAGACGUUCCAUACACCAAGCCUCGGGGAUGAGGAGUUUGAAAUACCCCCGAUCACGCCGCCUCCAGAGUCGGACCCCGCUCUGGGCAUGCCUGAUGUACUUCUACCUUUUCAAGGCCUCAGCGAUCCGUUGCCUUCCCAGGGAAGUGAAUUCACGCCCCAGUUUCCCCCUCAAAGCCUGGAUCUUCCUUCCAUUACAAUCUCAAGAAAUCUCGUGGAACAAGAUGGCGUGCUUCAUAGCAGUGGGUUGCAUAUGGAUCAGAGCCACACACAAGUUUCACAAUACCGUCAGGAUCCCUCCCUGAUCAUGAGGUCCAUCGUCCACAUGACGGAUGCUGCUCGCUCUGGGAUCAUGCCUCCUGCCCAGCUCACCACCAUCAACCAGUCUCAGCUCAGCACCCAGUUGGGGUUGAAUUUGGGAGGUGCCAGUGUGCCCCACACGUCUCCUUCACCUCCAGCGAGCAAAUCGGCGACUCCCUCCCCUUCUAGCUCCAUCAAUGAAGAGGAUGCUGAUGAAUCCAACAGAGCCAUUGGAGAGAAAAGAGCUGCUCCAGAUUCUGGCAAGAAGCCCAAGACUCCAAAGAAAAAGAAAAAGAAAGAUCCCAAUGAGCCACAGAAGCCAGUGUCAGCAUAUGCCCUGUUUUUCAGAGACACACAGGCUGCAAUUAAAGGUCAAAACCCUAACGCAACCUUUGGAGAGGUCUCAAAAAUCGUAGCAUCUAUGUGGGACAGCCUUGGAGAAGAACAAAAGCAGGUCUAUAAAAGGAAAACGGAAGCCGCCAAAAAAGAAUACCUGAAAGCCCUGGCUGCAUAUAGGGCCAGCCUCGUUUCUAAGGCUGCUGCCGAAUCAGCAGAAGCCCAGACCAUUCGUUCUGUUCAGCAGACCCUGGCGUCCACCAAUUUGACCUCCUCCCUCCUUCUCAACCCUCCGCUGUCUCAGCACGGAACAGUGUCGGCCUCCCCUCAGACUCUCCAACAAUCGCUCCCUAGGUCAAUCGCUCCCAAACCCUUAACCAUGAGACUCCCCAUGAACCAGAUCGUCACUUCGGUCACCAUCGCAGCCAACAUGCCAUCGAACAUUGGGGCUCCGCUGAUCAGCUCCAUGGUGGGCUCAGCGUCCUCCACCCAAGUGAGCCCUUCAGUGCAGACCCAGCAGCAUCAGAUGCAGCUGCAGCAGCAGCAGCAGCAGCAGCAACAACAGAUGCAACAGAUGCAGCAGCAGCAGCUCCAGCAGCACCAGAUGCAUCAGCAGAUCCAGCAGCAGAUGCAGCAGCAGCAUUUUCAGCACCACAUGCAGCAGCACCUGCAGCAGCAGCAGCACCUCCAGCAGCAAAUCAACCAACAGCAGCUGCAGCAGCAGCUGCAGCAGCAUCUCCAGCUGCAGCAGCUGCAGCACAUGCAGCAUCAAUCCCAGCCUUCUCCUCGGCAGCACUCCCCUGUCACCUCCCAGAUUACAUCCCCCAUCCCCGCCAUCGGGAGCCCCCAGCCAGCCUCUCAGCAGCACCAGUCACAGAUACAGUCUCAGACACAGACUCAAGUAUUAUCGCAGGUCAGUAUUUUCUGAAGACGCACGUGGCAGGCGGAUUUGCGCAUCUGGAGGAGAGUGGCGUCCGAGAGUAAACCAUGUGUGGCUGCAACUCGUGAGUCGGUGUUGGUUAUGCAGAAAUGUGUAAAAGAUCACGCGGUCCUCUCAAGUGUCUAUUAGAUAGGCAAUAAGAACUACAGUGUAGCUGAAAAUCAUCUUCUAGCUGACUCUAAACCACUUUGUUUUUAAACAAGAAAAGCUGUGCUCUUUUAUGUGAUGCCUUUUUUUAUUUAUUCAGGCUCUACCUACAAUAUGUGAAUCAAACCGUUUAAUGAAUCCUGGGACAUACUGAUGAUUAUAAUAAACUGGCCUCUCUGAGUCAUAGCAAAUGGCCUUAUUUCUCCCGAAGUGAAGAAACCACACUUCAAGGCGAUUGGAACUUCCGAAGCCCUAAAAAUAAAAAGCACAGUCGUAACUACCUGAAAUACGAAAAUCCAGUUUCAUACAAACAUUUGUAUGACGUCAAUCGUUGAUGGCAUUUUUUUGUCAUGAAAAAAAUAACGUAAAUCACAGACUUUUGCCAAAGCUCUUAUUUUUUUCCUUAAAUCUCUCCAGAAAAAAAAAAAAAUGCAAGUGAUUAGUUUCAAUUAUUGACUCCUUUUCACUUUUUACCCAUGACUUCUCCAAAUCAAGCCACAGUAUAUGUUGUAACAAUAUCUAUGACCACUGUUAGCCCAUUAUAUUCAUUCCAAUUAGAAGAAAAGAAUGUGAAUAUUAUAUUCUGUGUUUUGAGUGACAAGUUUCGAAAAUGAAAAACACUGUAUUUUUAAAAGGGAAAUGCACUUAAAUGGAGACAGUUAUUACAAAAGUUAAGAUUUAAAAAAAAAAAGAGCAAGAGUUUUUAUUAUGAUGUAAUACCGGUAGAAUAUUUAAAAGGCGCACCGCAUCUGAAUAAUCAAUGUAAAUAUUUUCUUUCAAAGUUGUAAGUUUUCAUAUCAUGUGUUGUAAAGUUUUCAUAAACGAGGCUUUAACGUAAACACUGGUGACAUAAACCAUUCAUUG